AAUUAGUAUAUAAAACGUUGUUGCAGACGACGCAUUCACGACAGCACAGGACCAAUUUGAAAAGAAGAACGACGUGAAAAGGAAGGGAAAUAUCAAUUAAUAUCCAUUCCUUUCCAAAGAACUACCAUUCACUCGACAAUCCUAACGUCUAGAGAGCAAGGAAACAGAAUGGAGUAGUUUACAAAGCCUGUGUAGUGACUAUAUGAUAAUAUUUCCCAGCAGUGUUACACUUAACCCCGGCUUUUGGCUGUUAAAUGAUGAUGCAAUCUUUCUCAGAACGGAGAAAAAGAUUACCCACUGGUGAUAGAAAGAUUUCCCUGAACUGCUUAUUGUCUCUGUGAUAAAACAGCGAAGAUUAGGUUCAAGCACACAAGCUCUUUCGAUUUUCUGUGUAGCUCUAUCGGAGGCAGGAUGGAAGUAUGGCAGAAGACAUGCCUCUUACUGUGCCUGUAUGGUUUCCUGAAGGAGCUGCGUCCUUCAGAACCAUUCCUCACAGAGUACCUGAAGGGACCCCAACACAACCUCACAGAAGAUCAGAUAUACAUACAAGUAUACCCAGUAUGGACAUAUUCCUACCUCUCUCUGCUUGUGGUUGUGUUCCUACUGACGGACCUCCUGCGCUACAAGCCGAUGAUUGUAUUUGAGGGCAUUGGUUACAUAGUCACGUGGGGCCUUCUACUGUGGGCAGGAGGUGUUCACUGGAUGCAGCUUAUGGAGUUCUGUUAUGGUAUAGCUACAUCUACUGAAGUGGCUUACUUCACGUACAUUUAUGCUCAAGUUUCUGGAGUAUAUUAUCAGCGUGUGACCAGCUUCACACGAGCAGCUCUUCUCACCGGAAGGUUUAUGUCAGGGUUAUUGGCUCAGGUACUUACGUCAACAGGUGUAAUGGAUUAUCAUACACUGAAUUAUUUCUCAUUUACAAGUGUGUCGUUGGCCUUCAUUGUGGCUUGUUUUCUGCCGUCCGUAAAAACUAGCAUUUACUUCCACCGAAGAGACUAUCUUCCCAGCAAUGAUGACUCUGCACACCUUCACAAGGAUGAGGAUGAUGGACAAAUAACCACAAAAUUGAGAAAGGUCGUGAGCUUGAUCUGGCAAGAUUUCAAGAGUGCCUACAGUAACAAGUACCUGCUGAAGUGGUCCAUCUGGUGGGCAUUUGCGACCUGUGGGAAUUUCCAAGUAGGGAACUACAUCCAGCCUCUGUGGGAAGAGAUUGCACCCAUGGAGGAAACUGAGAACUUGUACAAUGGGGCAGUGGAAGCUACGCAGACGUUAUUAAGUGCUCUUUCUGCCUUCGGUGUGGGUUACUUCCACCUCAACUGGUCCCUCUUUGGUGAAGGGACUUUAGCCCUAAUAUCCCUCAUUGAUGGCAUUGUGCUCCUCCUCAUGGGUCUGACUUCGUGGAUCUGGGUGGCGUACAUCAAUUAUAUUCUCUUCAGGGUCUCCUACCAAGUACUUAUAACUAUUGCAAGUUACCAAGUUGCAAAAGAGCUCAGAGCUGACAGCUAUGGCCUUAUAUUUGGAAUCAACAUGUUUGUUGCACUCUUCCUUCAGUCCAUCCUAACAUUUGUUGUGGUUCAAUUGCUCGAGAUUGGAGUGAAGUUACAGUUCGUCAUCUACGGGGCUUACUUCUUGCUCCUCGCCUUCUUCUUCUUCAUACUGUCUGCCUACACCUGCGGCCGACUGGGCAUAUCAGGCAUGCGGGAGCUGGGAGUGUGGGAGAAGAAACCGCAGGGGGAAAAUCAAGAACCUCCUGUUGGAACCACAGAAGCUAUUUAGAAGAUAAAAAAAGCAGGAAAAGAAAGAUGAAGAAUACAAACGAUGCACAAAUUUUAUCCAAGAUG